GUGAAAAAUAGCAACAGUAGUAACGGAAAAGCUACAGGUGUGGAAAGUUCGGCGCGGAUUUUGAGUUGCGAUCCUCAGCAGUCUUAUCCUAAAAAUAACUAUAAAAAGUUUCUCUUGAUCUAAAAUGUCUGGAAAUGAAGAUCAGAACUCAAAGUCGGCCGUUAGCCGUCCACGAAAAGUAUUGAGGAAACGACAAAGUCGUGAUGAUAUUUUUUCCUACAGAGGGAAAAUGGCAUUGUCAUUUAAAGCAAAACAAAUGAAAUUGCCAGACUCUGACAGCUCCGAGUCGGAUGAUGACGAAGCUUUUCAGAGAGUGCACUCAGCACAAUACGCCGAAAACGAGUGUUCUGAAGUAAAGGACAGUGACAGCGACGAAGAUAACUGGUAAGUUGUAAAUGAUUGUAAUAGUGAAGGUCGAAGGGGAGGGGGGUACUUCCUCUGAUGUUCUGUGCGAGAGAUGGCCUGUCCAAAAGGGCCCAUUUUUACGCUAAGCAUACCCAAGGUCAUAUGAAAGGUAUAUAUGCGAUUCUUAUUGUAAACAGAAAAUCUUAAUCCAAUUUGAGACAAUUGAAAUUGAAGCACAAGGAAAGAAGGACAACCGUAAGCCUGGAACCUAAAAGGGGUAUCUUACAAUACUUAAGAAACAGAUUCAGACGACAUCAGUCAGAAAGAGAGUCUUGAAUUUAUGUCACAGACAUGAUUUAGUAAGUUGACUCCGGAGAACUUUGUGCUAUUGUUUAGGGCUAUAAAGGACAAGUCUGUUGAAGAAAUAAACAGCUCAGAAAAUGAUGUCAAGGAAACACAUCUUACAAGGUCACCAACACCACCCCCUGCAUGGUCUCCAGAACUUUGUGAGGCUACAAAAAUGAGGAUAAACUUGCGUCAAAAUAAGAAGCUUAGGUAAGCAAGAAAGUUUCAUGGGUUGAUUAAAUUGUUCAGAGAAUUUAUAAAGAUCUUUGUAAGUUAAAAGAACACAGCUUCUGGUAGGUAAUAUCUUUUUGAGUAAUUCUUUGUACAUAAAUAGUAGAGAAAAUUUUCUGACUCUGUAUUUGUUUUUUUCCUUUUCUAAAAUUAUUUUUUCAGGGAACUAGACAAUGUUUUAGACUCACUCAAAAGAUCAACCAAUACUAGCUGGGCCUCACCUGACAGUCACCUGUCAAACAGUGUGAUUUGUGAAAAUGACAGUGAUGCUUUUCCCAGUCCAUCAGAACGGGAUAUUGUUGUUAAAGUUAGAACAAGAUCAGGAAUAAAAAGAUUCACUAUGAAGGCUGUAAGUGGUGUUAUUUACUUUGCUCCAACAAGGCUCCCCAAGUUUCUAAAGAAACUGUGAUGCUGCAGUUUUGGGGAAGUACAAGAUAAUUUGGUUUUAUGAAAUGAUGUGUAAAGUGGCCACUAUAAAGGGAGUCUUAUGCUGAUCUUUAAAAUGUUAGCCCUUUGUCAGAGUGGGUCAAUGGAUUUGGGGUUGUAUGUGAUUUAUAUACAAAAAGAUGGAGCUGUAGUACUGGUAGGAACAUGGUAACAUGAAAAACACCACAAAAAGAAACUAUUUGAAUGAAAGUCAUGUAAACCACACAAAACCAACAAUUCCUUGAUUCCCUCUGAGUAGGACUAACAAUCAAACAUCAGCUUUAGAAACUCUUUACAAUGGCCAGUUCACAUUAUCAAGUCAGUUGAUAAAACUAAAUCAUCUUUUAACCACACAACCAAAUGCUUUAUUGUCAAUUUUACAGUCAGUGUUCAGAGCUUUUAAGUUGAACAUUUUCCAUAACUAUGGCUAAUGUAGUAUUCAAAAUGAUUUCAUAGAAUUUCAUUGAUAUUAAUGUAGAAAUGUCUUUUGAUCAUGAAUUAUAAUUUUUACAGGCAGAACCAUUUGGUAAGAUCAUAUCUCAGCUUGCUCAACUGGAAGGUACAACAGAAGAUAAAAUCAUGCUAAGUCUGGCAGAUAUCAACAUCUUAGGCUAUGAUACACCCAUUUCCAUUCACCUCAGUGUAGCAGACAUCAUUGGUAAGUUUAUGUCAACACCUGUUGCAAUGCACUGUGUCCAUUCAGUUACCUGUUGAACAUGCCAGAUGAAGAGGCCUGCCAUGAAUAGUUGAUGUGGAGGGUUGGUUCUCAAGGCACAUUUGGCAGAUCCCUUCCCCCCUCCCUCCCUCCCCUUCUUCCCCCCCUCUUCCCCCCCCAACCCCAAUUUGGCAUGAAAAAGUGACAAUUUACAGCAUAAAAACCUGAAUUUUUCCUAUUGCCAGCAACUAAAACACUAGUAUAGGAACUCCUCAUGGAAAAGCCAGCCAACACCCCUACACAUUUUACUAUAACCAGUGACUUACAAGAGAUUUACAGCUUUGUGUGAAAAUCAGUUUUUCUCUCUCUAGAAUGUGUAGUUGUUGAUAAACCAAUAUUGACAGACAGUGAGGAAGAAGAUAAAAAUUCAAUUGAGAUAAAAGUUCAAGGAAUAGAACCUGAUUCAAAGAAAGCUUUCCAAAUAUUAAAGGUGUGUACAGAGGAAGCAUUCAGUGUAGGAGCUUUGCACUGUUGUUUUAAAAACCCAGAAGCUCAUAUGUUUUUUAACUUUCUGUAAUGUUAGUUUGCAGGUGAUGAAAUCAAAACCAUUAUUUCUUAACCCUUUAACACCUCAACAUCAGUCUGCAUAUUCUCCCCACUGUUCUCCAUACUUUUCCUAAAAUACUGACAAGGAGAAAUUAUGUAACAAUCAGAGCUUUUUUAAUUGUCCAUCAUUUCCUUUAUUCUCAUGACCUUUAUGUGUUAUUCAGAGGUGAUAUUGUAAAGAGAAAUUUGAUGUUAGGCAGUUUGACGGUCUUAGGGCUAACUGGGCGUGGUAACAACCUAUAACUGACCUUUGUGUUGGACGCUUUUAUUCGUAUCUCAGACUGACCCGCUAGAGAAGCUAAUGACAGCGUACUGUGAAUACAGAAAACUUCCACGUUCAAGAAUUAAGUUCCUCUUCGAUGGAGAGGAUCUGAAAGGAGGUGAAACACCGGAACAAUUGGACAUGGAACACGAGGAUGUCAUUGAUGUCCGAGUCAAGUAGCUUUAAAGCAACUUAACAAAAGUUGGCAGUUCAUUAACGCCACAUCAUUUGGUUGUUUUUUCCAGUUGAUUUGGACCACCGUGUUCUAGUAUUUUCAUGUAUUUCUUUGUUUGUAUAGUUAAGAAGAAUUCUUUGAUGCGGCGCUGAGACAACAGUCUGAUGUGAAGUGCUUACUUUCAAGGAGGUCAAUCGAAAUUCUGCCGAUGUUUUCAUUACGUCUCGUUCAGCAAACCAAACCUUACUUGUCCUCAAGUAAUUGUGUUAAACCACACCCAUUAAAGCAGGGUAAUGUUUGAAAGUGAGGUGGGCUACUUUUGUAAUGCAGUAGCAUCUCUCCAUGGAACUCUGAACCUGUUCAAGGCGAAUACACUUUGUUUCCCUCUUUUUGAAGAUGUGAGUUAAUCCUCAAACCUACGUAACGGCACAACUUUUUAUGGACUGGAUUCUCUGCUGGCAGAGAUCUUGAUGAACGCGUGCGAAGAAGACAGGGAUUUUAAGUUCCUCAGCAAACAUUUUUUUGGGGGAAGUCGCGCACUCGAAAAGAUUGCUUGAUUACCUGAAAAACCCCUGGGUUCAUGUCAUUUAUGGUGCACCUAUUUUGUCCCUCCACACCUCCCUACUUCAAUAUUAAUGUUGAGAUGUCAUCGACCAAUCAAGUAUGAGACAAGGGACCUAUAAAAAAACCGAAAAAAACCAGCUGGAAAUGUUUAAUGAAACCAAAAAACGCUGUCGAAAAUAAGGAUCUUGAUGAAAGUGAAACAACUUGGCUUUGGAACAAGGAUAUCAGACAUUAAAAACCGAAAAACGGCUUUUUCACUCAGACAAACCGAAAGCCGAAAACAAGAUGAAGUGAGCUGUUAAUACGACUGAAACAUUAACAGUUUCGCAGAUACUCUAGUUAAUGAUUCUAAUGAUGAUAGCUGUUCCAUCUGUUUGAAGAAGCGCCGAAGCAUGUCUGUAGAACUGUCACGCAACCGCCGAAGCGUGCAACCAUGCCUGCAUGACUCGUUGAACGUUAAUUGUCUCUAUUUGAAGGUAUUUUUGAAAGAAAUUAAAGUAAAAGAGUAGUUUUCGAUCAUUUCUUGGGACAUUUUUUUAUGAUCAGAUCGACCAAAUAGUUAACAAGAAGAAAUAUAAACAAGAGUGUCGAGGGCUUUAAAUUUUGC